UCACAUUUUUGGUGUAUAGUUUCUUCAAGUUUCUUUGCGGUCGUGACAGGCUCUCGUAGGUUUUCGCUGAAAUAAAAAUGAUAUUGUAAUUUUCAACGUCGAUCGGGUCGGUCGGUUUGAUUGCGGUCGUCUUGUGUCGCGUAUGUAUUCUUUUUAGUCAGUCUCAAAAGGAAAAUCAUACAGCAUUAGGAAACGCGAAGGAGAAUUGCCUUUUUUCGACGGGGUUUGUCGGUGCAGAUUUUGUUGAAGCAAAGAAAGAAAAAAGGUAAAAGCAUACGAGCAUAAAAAGCGAAUGGUUUCUAUUCCCAAGUUUUCAGUUUAGAUUAUAUUUUAUUAGCUCCUUGUGCUAUCAAGUAUCGCCUGUUAGUAGCAGCAAGAGAUUUUUCUUUUUAGCCAAAGAAUUUGCCUCUUAUCACCUUAUGACAACAUUGGUGCAUGUAGUUGAUACAUGCGAGUGCUUGUAUGGAGAAGUGAAAUUCACAAUUCACGCCUGUUGUGAUUUAAGUGAUUUUGUGGAUUACAAAACGAAUGCGACAAUCCUGACGGGAAAGAGAGAGUUUGCAAAUCGGCAAAGCAAGCUUUGAAUCAUCAGUGUUGUUUGAUGUAAGUAGAGUGAAAGAAAAUUGGAUUGAUGGAAGCUAUUGGGGAAAUAUAAAAAUAAGCAAAAAAAAGUGUUACAGUGGCACAAAUUGCAUGUUUCAAAAUUGCUCCUACUAUACUAAAUCCAAUGAGCGAUACUAUAAAAGAAGAAAAAAUCAACAAAAAGUUUGGGCAAAGUGUUGUUGAGCUGAAGCUGAAGCUCAUUGUGGGGUCUGUGCGAAAGCUGAAAUAAAGUUGAGGGUGUUAACUGUCCGGGUGGAUUCAAAUUUUCACCCAUAAAUAGUACCUACUGGUUAACCGGAUUAUCUUGGGUUAGCAGACGCCGUCGCUGAAUCGGCGUUUAUGAUCAUGGCCAGAUUGACGGAGGAAAUGGUCAUUGCCAGGUCCAAGCAGUCGGAUUUGGGGGCCAUUAAAAAACUUAACUGCUGGGGAAGUGAACUUAGCGAUGUCUCCAUCAUCCGGCGCAUGCGUGGCGUAGAAGUGUUGGCAUUCAGUGUGAAUCGUAUUAGUACGCUUGCUGAUUUCGAAAACUGCCUCAACCUUCAGGAGCUGUACCUCAGGAAAAACAACAUCUCAGAUAUCGACGAGCUCGUAUUUCUACAGAACUUGCCAAAGCUCAAAUACCUUUGGCUGGAAGAAAACCCGCUGGUGGAUAAUGCCGGUCCCGGCUACCGCCAGAUCGUUCUCCGUGCGUUGCCAAAUUUGAAGAAACUAGACAAUGUGGACGUCACUCCGGAAGAGGUUUCGGAGGCGAUGCGGGCGCCGGCCGUCCAGCAGCAUCAACCGAAGCAGGAAAUAUACGAUGAUCCUCCGGCACCCCCGCAACACCAGCAGCAAAACUACAGUCCACAGCAACAACCUCCCCAGCAGCAGCAACAGUACCGGAAUCAGAGUCCGGUGAUUGAACAAUCGCAAUCUACGACCCCGUCCUCGACUGGUCCUAUGAUGCAACCGGUGCAGCAGAUGAGUCCGGAGAACACCGAAUCCGAGUGCAUCAGUGACCCGGCAGAUCGAGGUUCGCUGCCAUCGUCUCCAUUGCAGCGGAGUCCCACGAAUCGGGAUAGCUACUCACCGCCACCGCCCCCGCAAACCCCGCAUGCGCCUUCGCACUAUUCCGGCAACAGUCAUCGCAGUUCUUAUCCCCAGUACGAUCGAUCACCCGGUUCAGAUCAGGACAGCCCCGUAUCAGGCUACAGAGAACGAGUACCGAUUGCACCAAGCAUUUCAACGCACUCGAUGAAGGAGUACUACCAAUCGGACUACCCCCGGCAGAAUCAUGCUCCUGCACAUUAUCGGCAUAGCCAGCUGGACCUCACCGAAUGGGACGAAAGUAACCCGAAUCAGCACCAUCUGAACAACAACAACGGUCACUCGUCCAAUCACAUCAACAGUUAUCAGCAGCAGCAGCAGCAAUCGUCGCAACAACCACAGCAGUACAACAACCAUCCGCAGAAUCGACGAAGCAUCGGUGCCAACAGCGAGCGGGAUCUCUACCAGUACCGGAAUGGGAACGGCAAAGGACCUGACUCUCGGGACGAAUGGGAAGACGUGGACCGGCGGAGAAGUGAACACAGGAGAUCGGAUUCACGGUUCAACGAUAGCGCAAGUGUUAUAUCAAAUGCAGUCCUCAAUCAUUUCGCGGGAGUUCAUCGAAGGCCUGUGAACAGAGUAAGUAGAAACACUUUUUGUAGAUGAAUAACGUACCCGGAAAAGUUCACUUUAUUCG